GCUCCACAAACCUACUAAUUUGGCAGCUGCUGUGGACAGCUUUCAUUUGUGAUUCAGUGUGUUGGCUUUGCUGUCUGCUGGGAUACCAGGAAGGAGGUGGAAGUCUUACAAGAUGUUGGUGCUGGUGAUUGGAGACCUUCACAUUCCACACCGAUGCAACGCUCUCCCGGCCAAAUUCCGGAAACUCCUAGUUCCUGGAAAGAUCCAGCAUAUCCUCUGCACGGGGAAUCUAUGUACCAAGGAGACCUACGAUUAUCUACGGACGUUGGCCGGGGACGUCCACGUGGUCAGAGGGGACUUCGAUGAGGGAACAAGUUACCCGCUGCAGAAAAUAAUCCUGGUCGGGCCAUUCAGAAUCGGCUUGAUCCAUGGCCAUCAAGUUAUUCCCUGGGGCGAUCUGAACAGCUUGGCCAUUUUACGCAGGCAGCUUGAUGUGGACAUCUUAAUUUCAGGACAUACACACAAAUUCGAGGCUUUGGAGCACGAAAACAAGUUAUACAUCAAUCCAGGAUCAGCCACAGGAGCUUACAAUGCCUUGGACAGGUGA